UCAGUAAAGAGAGCAAGUCAGUUUGUCACUGAGCAGCAUGGAGUCAGGCCGGCUGCUGGUUCUGGUGCUGCUCUGGUACCAGUCCUCCACAGCCCUCCUCCUCCCGCAGAACCACACCCGGUUCUCCCCACUCCUCCUCCCGCAGAACCAGACCCGGUUCUCCCCCCCGGUUCUUCCGGUUCGGCUGGAUGUCUCCGAGGUGCUGCGGCGGGUGGAGCGGCGCUUCCUGUCCGUCACCAUCGACGCCAGCCUGGCUUCAGAGGAGAAGUUCAUGUCGCUGCUGGGCUCUCCAAAGAUCCGGACGCUGGCUAAAGCUCUGACUCCAGCCUUCCUCCGGUUCGGGGGAACGAGACAAGACUUCAUGGAGUUCACCCCGCAGAGGGUUCCCCGGGACUCUGCUUCCUCUGCAGAGAAGUCCUGUGCUGACCUGCUGCUGCCCCCGUGGCUGGAGCAGCGUCUGAAGAAGGAGUGGACCCAACAGCAGCUGCUCCUGAUGAAGGAAGAUCUGCACAGGAAGUACCGGAGGGUCAAGUUCACCGAGGACACGGUGGACCUGCUGCACUCCUUCUCUAACUGCUCCGGGCUGGAUCUGAUCUUCGGGCUGAACGCUCUCCUCAGAACCCCGGAGAACAUCUGGAACAGCAGCAACGCCCGGUCCCUGCUGCAGUACUGCGAGUCCAGAGGGUACCAGAUGGACUGGGAGCUGGGCAACGAGCCGAACAGCUAUGAGAAGAAGGCGGGGGUGCGGGUGGACGGGAAUCAGCUGGGAGAGGACUUCUCCCGUCUCAGGGAGAUGAUGUCACAGUCCAAACUUUAUCAACAUGCCGGGCUUUACGGGCCGGAUGUGGGUCAGCCUCGAGACCACCGGACCGACCUCCUGCAGGGGUUCCUGCAGACUGGAGCGGGGGCGGUGGAUGCCUGCACCUGGCACCAUUAUUAUGUGAACGGCAGGGACACGUCUCUGGAGGAUUUCCUGGAUCCAGAUAUUCUGGACACUUUGACCUUAAAGACACAGGAAGUCCUCGAGAAAGUGAAGCUGGCGUCUCUGGAGAAGCCGGUGUGGCUCGGAGAGACGAGCUCGGCGUACGGAGGAGGAGCAGCCGGUCUGUCGGACACCUUCGUCGCUGGAUUCAUGUGGCUGGAUAAGCUGGGUCUGGGGGCCCGGCUGGGUCUGGAUCUGCUGAUGCGGCAGGUGUUCAUCGGCUCUGGGAGCUACCACCUGAUCGACCAGAACCUGGACCCUCUUCCUGAUUACUGGCUGUCCGUUCUCUACAAGCGACUUGUCGGUCCGGAGGUUCUGAACGUUGAGUUCUCCGGCCUCGCUCGCAGUAAGAGAGUGAGGCUGUACCUGCACUGUGCCGACAGAGACAGAUUCAGCCGUGGAGCCGUGAUUCUGAUCUCUCUGAACCUCGGUUGCCAGGCUCUCAGCAUCUCCUCCCCCCUCCUCUCCACCGGAUUAGUGGAGGCAUUUGUUCUGGAGUCAGGGGAGGAGGGGCUGUACUCCAGGUCAGUGAAGCUGAACGGACAGCUGCUCCAGAUGCCUGAUGAUAAAACUCUUCCUGAUCUCAGAGGAACUCGUCUCCCUCUGGUGGAGCGUCUGCAGCUUCCUGCUUUCUCACUCAGCUUCUUCGUCCUGACGGAGGCUCGUGCCCCCGCCUGCUGGUGAAAACAGAAACUCAGAAACUUUAAAAACUCUGAUGCUGCAGGUUCCACAGGUACGACACUGACCGUGCUCUCACUGGGACACUGACCGCUGGUCUCACUGGGACACUGACCGCUGGUCUCACUGGGACACUGACCGUGCUCUCACUGGGACACUGACCGCUGCUCUCACUGGGACACUGACCGCUGGUCUCACUGGGACACUGACCGUGCUCUCACUGGGACACUGACCGCUGCUCUCACUGGGACACUGACCGCUGGUCUCACUGGGACACUGACCGUGCUCUCACUGGGACACUGACCGCUGCUCUCACUGGGACACUGACCGCUGGUCUCACUGGGACACUGACCGCUGGUCUCACUGGGACACUGACCGUGCUCUCACUGGGACACUGACCGCUGGUCUCACUGGGACACUGACCGCUGGUCUCACUGGGACACUGACCGCUGGUCUCACUGGGACACUGACCGCUGGUCUCACUGGGACACUGACCGCUGGUCUCACUGGGACACUGACCGCUGGUCUCACUGGGACACUGACCGUGCUCUCACUGGGACACUGACCGCUGGUCUCACUGGGACAGGUCACUACAUUUAUUUCUAAAAGACAUUAUCAUACGGGAGAUGCUGGAGUGUAUUUUUUAUAAGAUAUAUGAUGUGCUCCUAAAGGGUCGUAUUACAUUACACUGCUGGAAUCUUAAAAUCACUGUAACUUAUUAAUUCACGUCUUUUUGUUUUACCUAAAUAAAGUUAUCAGUAAAAUCUAUAAAAGAUGUCAAACCAUCCUUUUCAGACGGCUGCAGGUAGACCGGAACAAUACUGGAAGAUCUGUUUUUAUUUACCAUGAAACCAACUUGGGAUGCUCUUUACUUUUGAAACCCUUUAUUUUAAUUCAUGUUUACUUAUUUGUUUUUUAUGUUGUUGCAUGUAAACAAAUGCAUUGAUGAGAAACGGGACUAAUACUGCAGUAAAUGUACUUUUACCAUUCUGUGAAAGUAUUACACAAGUAAAAGUCCUGCAUUUAAAACCCAUAAUUCUGACUUUUUGGAAAAUCUAAAUAUCGGAAUUUUUCCAAAAUCCUGAAUUGAUUUUGAAUUUGAACUUUUUUCUCAAAAUUCAGAUUUUUUUCUGAAAAUCAAAAAAUCCUGACUUAAUCUGAAAACUGAGAUCUCUGAAAAAAUACCAUGAAUAGAAAAUAUGAAACAAAUGUUCUGCCUUCUGUUGUGUGCAAGAGUUUUUUCCAGGCUUAGUCUGAGGGGAGACUGUGAAGACCCCUGAUCUCCAGAUUAAUAUAUUAAUGUUUGGGUUCUAUCAAAUGUGAGAACAUAUUUAUGUAAAGGUCCAUCCAAGUGUCCAAGGUGAUGUGUAUAAAAAUGUCCAGGUGUUAGUGCAUGUAAAUAGUCUGAGAAGGCUUAAAUCCCUGUGUUCCCUCCAGAGGGAUUUUGUCUCCCACUUCCAGAAUUGUGAAAGAUAUAUACCGUAACAAAUAUAUUUCAUAAAAAAAGAAUACCACUUAAUAAGUUAAGAUUGCUUUGUUCUCUUUACAAAAAAUAGGAGAAUACAUUAUAAAUGAAAUGUAAUGUUUUGCUUUUUAAUUACCAAAUAACUAUUCCUGUAUUUGAAGCACUUUGAUCAGCGGCCACAUGAGAGCGCUGUACUAUUUUAUUUCUUACCAUUCCAAGAACAUCAAUUAGGUUAAAAUAAGUACAUUACAAAAACUUCAAAAUAAAUCU